UCCGGAAUGGAUAGGUAAUGUGGAAGGAAAUAGACAUGAUGUAGACAUUGGACUCCUCGCUAAGCUCGAUCCAAUAUAUGACCUUGAGUAUAUGAUGACCGACUUUUACAACCGUGUUCGUAACUGCGAGUACUCCCCAACUCGGAAAAGUGGGAUAUACGGUUAAGGAGGAAGAGAAAAUUGUAGGGAGUACGAGGAUCGAAUACAUUUAGCCAUUUGGCGGCUUGAUGUAGUACGUAGAUGUGGCCGCUUAUUCUUCAGUUCAUACGUACCAACGUUCGAUAUGUGGCGUUGCCAUUUGCUGUCAUUGUUGGUUCCAUUGGAUUCAAAGCAGAAAGUUGGUUUCGUAGUCAAGAGGCGAUAUCUAGUUCAAUGCAUAAUCCUAAACAAACCACCUCAGAAGCUCGCAGAAAACGCCAAUUAACCAAAGAUUUAAAUACUCCUGUAAAUGAUUUGUCUGUUACGUCUGAGAGUGAACUUCGCUAUCAUAGUGAUCCUGUUUUUAAUAAAAACAACUGAAUGUGAAACUUUCGUUCUUAGGUCAUCUUUUCUGGGAAAGUUCAAAAGUAUUUACUUGUCAAAAAUUUAAUAUCUUUAUUGUCAGAAUUAUUAUUAUUUUCCCAUGGUAGGGUAAGCUACAACGUCUGCUUCAUAGAAUACAAUAAAAAGAUAAUUUUUUUCGAUCAGUGAAGCUAUCACCAAAAUUAAGUAAAUAAAUAAACUUGAUAGUAAACUCUCGUGAUUGUUUCUUAUUGCUGAUCUGGAGGAUUUCUAUCAGAUUUCGAAUUUUAAUUGAAGAUUAAUUUGGCACAAUCCCAUCAAAGCCAUCAGGACAAAUUGAUUUGAGGCACAUGGAACAAAAGCUUAACUUCUACAAAAAGUAAGGGAUGAUAAAGUUGUCCGCCUAGCUUAGGGAACUGGGUAACAUUCGUCUGAAUUGGAAAUUUCUAUUUCAUUUCUUAUAUUCCCAGGUUGAGGUUAGACAUCGAUCGUAUAUUUGUUGAUACGAAGCAUCAAAUAAUGGUUAUAUAUAGUAAUAUUCUAACCGCAUUUGUUUCUAGUGUUAAGGUUAAUUUAAGGGUUAUUUGAUUUAAAAGAAUUUUUCGCAGCUGAACUUAGGUUAUUUAUUUAUUUAUUUUAACACAUAGGUAUUGGUACAAGGAGGCACCAAAUACAUAUGCGCCACAC